AUGAACGACGAGAAUGACGAGGAAAGCUAUCGAUGGAAUCGUGAAACACGUCUUAUGUUGAUUAAUGAAAUUAAAUCACGGCCAGCAUUAUGGUCGCCAAGUCAUGAAAAAUACAAAAAUCGCUUACUCACUUCAGAAAUGAGGCAAGAAAUUGCAAAAAUUAUCUCGCAGUACACCGGUGUCUCAUUUACAACGCUUCAAUGGAAAUAUUUGAGGGAUCAACAUCGUAGAUAUUUGGGCAAAUUGAAAAACUAUUUACUUAAUGUGGGUUCGGCAAAAAAUCAUAAACCACCCGUUUAUCACUUUGCUUCGCAAAUGGAAUUUUUGCUUAGUGUUGAAAAUGGCGAUUGUUCGCCAAUUCUGGAUGUUGGUUUCACGCUUAGUCAUCCCGACCACCAACCUUAUUGCUCAUCAUCCGAUCAAUAUAUUUUGAAAGAAGAUUGCGAAAGACCUGUUACUCCACCAUCAGUUCCUCCUUCUAACUCCGUCUUUACCGAAAAUAACAAGCGUAAACGACCGUGGUCAUCUGUGGAACAAAAUGAGGACGAAGAAUUUAUGCGUGAUAGUUUAUCUGUACAAAAUAUUGCGAGAUUUUCGAAUAUCAUCAUUGACGAAUUUGGCGAAUUUGGCUUAGUAAUAGCAAGUGCAAUGCGUCGAGCGGCAUCUCUGAAUCCAAUGAUUGCCCAACAAUUUAGAAUUGAUAUAGGAAAGAAGUUAGUGGAAAUUGAAGAAAAAAUUAUGGAGGCAUUACGAGAAGGAAUUCAUGAAAAUCAUGUAAAAGAAAAUUCAAGAUGGAACUUUUCGCAUGAUACAAAUAUUAUUUAA